AAAGGUAAAGGAAAAAAGAAAAUGCGAGAGCGAAAGACUGGCGGCAAGGCCCUUGAUCAAAGCUGCAAAAGCCUGUAAGAUUACUGUGGCGUUUGCCUCAAAUCCUCCAAACGUCGUUUUAUCCACCACUUACUCCUCCUACUCACCCACUCCUCACUUCUCUGCGUAUAGCCUGAGUGAAAACUCCCCCGACUCGCUAUACUCGUCCAUCCUCAGACCCUCAUAAUUCCCUCAUCACCCACUCCAGCCCGCGGAGCCAUCUGCAUGAAUGCGAUCAGUUACUACAGUGAGGUCACGCGCUGGCUGUUGAGCCAUGCCACCGACACCGAUAUGUCUCUCGUGCAGUCGAUUGUGACCUGUGGCGCCCUCUUCUGGCUCCUCCAUCGUGCAUGGCUCACUCUCUGGAAGCCGGUCCCAGAUCUCAUCACUAUCCUCGGCGUCGAAGUCUUAGAGCCUCCGGAGGUCUCGUUGACGGGCAUAAAGGCCGAUGCCGUCACUCUCCACUGGGCUGGGCCUGGACACACGAAAGUGGUGCUCAAGAAGUACUUGAUCCAGGUCAACGGUGUUAAUGUUGGCGAAUCGUCACGUCUCGAGACCGCCAUCACUGUAACAGGACUUAAGCCGGGCCACUUCUACAACGUCCGAGUCAUAGCCGUGGGCAACAACAACUUCCAAGCCGGCAGCCGUGUCAUUCGCCUGCGAACCUACAAUCGUGAUGGCCGACCAGACCUAGGCGGACGCAUACUGAACAACCUCGCAAGCGAAGACGCUGCAGGCACCGUAGUCUAUAGCAGCGACGAGUCAGCGGGCGUCCGCAGCCAUGGAGUUGGGAUUGAGGCGGCUUCGAUGCCCGAGGGCUUAUCGGCGUUGGCGCGAGAGCCAAACAGUCGUGCUGGCUCGAGGAGGAACACAGGUGCACGGAAGCACUCGCCGUCGACGGCGAGCGAGCACCCACCCAUACCGUCGAAUUUACCGGAAGGAUCUAUGCUCCAGCUUACGGAGCGGUUUGAAUCGAUACGUGGAGAGACGGAGGAGGUGAUUUCGCAAGUGGCUAAGGAUGCGGAUGAAUUUAAAGCGCAGAUUGCGGAGCUGAUACGCGAGAGGGGCGAGAAGAGGCACCUAUUGAAGGAGAAGGAGGAUGCGAGUGAGAGGCUGAAGAAGGAGGUGCAUUCGUCGGAACGACUGAACCGGCAGGCACAGACAAGGAAGACGCAGAAGGAGAAGGCGGUGAAAGAGCGGGAAGCGGAGAGGAUGAAGAUGAAUGAUGAGAUGAAGAAGUGGGAGAAAGAUAUCCAGGAAAUGCAGGCGGAGAGGGAGCUGUGGGAGAAGGAGAAGGAUAAGAUUGCGUCGGAUGCAACCAAGAAGGUGGACGAGCUGAAGAAGAUCCUGAGGAAACGACAAAACUCGCUGAAUUCUAUGGAGGAGGAAAUCCGUGUCAAGGGAUUGCAGAUCAAGGAGCUGGAAGAGGAAAGACAGAAACUCCCUGGUGCUCAGGAUGAGGAAGCGAAAGCCCUGGAGGCUGCUGACAGGCUUCGGGAUUUACAAUGGGACCAUACAGAACGGGAGUUGAUGACAAGAUACAACGCCCAGAGCAUCACCGUUCGAAACCUCGAGACAGACCUCCACAAGGCACAGGCGCACUUUCAGAUUCUGAACGCACCUCAAAUAGCCAACCCCCUCCUUCCGAUGGGCGACAGCUCUGGGGUGUCGUUCGAUAUCAGCGGGCAGCCACGGCCGAAGCGUCGGAAUCGACAGCGCAAGUCACGUACGAACACGAUAUCCUCGCCUGUCGAUGCGUAUCCAAUUACCGACUCGGCGUUUCCCAGCGGGAGCAUCUAUAAUAACAUGGCUCUAAAUGCUGCCCCAAGCUUUGCUCCGGGGCCGUAUUUCGACAUGAGCGCUAAUUCUGGUGCUGGCACUUCCCCUGACCACCAUCAUGGCAUGAGCGAGGCUGAUAUCCGUUCCCUCACUGCUGGUGAACCUCUCAGUCCAACUGCGACAUCUCUACUGCCAUCGAAUAUAUUUAUCGAUGAUGACCCGAUGGAGAACCCAACGCGUUCCUCUUUCGGUCCCGCCCAAUUCCCUACCCUUGGCCCGUCAAUUUACGAGGCUGAAGAGCAGCAAUCACCAGGAUCAUCAAGUCACUCAGAUAGCCUGGUCUCCAGUCCACGGAAUUCCCAGCAGAAUCUAUGCUUCUCGCUGCAAUCGCAAGACAGCCACCCCGAUUCGGACAGACGCCCCAUCGGUUCCCGCGGUUCUACCGGUGGUGCUUUUGGCGUCAUUGGCUCUCCAACCGCCGAAAGCCCCCAGCCUGUAACCAAGCGCUUUGGCGACCUCUUCGCCUUCACCGGCAAGCAGCGCGCAAAGACCCUAAGCAGCGACAUCGGCCACCCCCUCGGCUCACUCAAGCCCGGGCAGAGCCAGUCCUUCCCACGCCAGGAAGACGUCGACGCCGCCGCCGCCAUCAAAAACCGCCGCACGAGCUUCACCUCCGGCUGGGGCGGAAUCCCUUUCCUCAACCGCGCGAGCACCGUCUCCGAGAUCACCGAAGGCAACGCCCCAGCACCAAACCGCAACCUCCCCCGCCGCCGUCGCCGCUUCAACAUGUUCGGCUCCAGCAUCGACGACCCGACCCUCACCGACCGCGACCCGACCAGCCCUCGCCCCGCCUCCAUCGCCUCCUCCGAUCUCCCCCGCCCAUCCACCGAUAGCGCGCCCUUCGGCUGGGCCCCAUCGGAUAGCAACAUCCUAACCCGCAACUCCCCUCUAGCGACCAACUGGUCCCUCUCCGUCGCCCAGCCCUGGUCCCGCACCCCCUCCCGCCGCCCCUCCGUCCAAUACGCAUCCACCACCCAACUCACCACCGGCAUUGCAACCGAAGACGACGAUUUCCUCCCCCCCGACACCCUGUCCACCGCCUCUCCGCCACCUGUAGGCGUCAUCGGCACCCGUCCCCCGUCCCAGAUGUCGGCGACUGCUAAACUCAACCCCGCGGCGCCGACAUUCAAAGCCAUGUUCAGCCGCGCAAAGGACAGCACCCACCACCGUCCCCGCCACGGCUCGGACGAGCACGAGGAGCAUAUCGACGACUACCCCAGCAGUGUUAGCCGCGCUAGCCGCGACGCGCAUAGUGUCCACACUGCCAACAGCGUGGCGGAAAGCUACGACUCCCUCGAGGGCGCGGUGAGCAAUACUGCGCUUAGUGAAAUCGCCAGCGGGUCAUUCGGCGGGAGCAGCGUCGGGCGGGGCGAGAACUCGUUCCAGAAGCUCCUGAGGAAGGGGUCGAGCAGUAAAUUCUCCAUCUCCUCAUUUCGCGGGAAGGAAGUUGGGCUUUUCAGCAAGAGAGGCGAGAGGAACGCUAGCGCAGACCGCUCGAGCAGUUUCGGGGAGGGAGAGGAGGAAUUCGCCCUUGGUGUCGGCGGUGUGGGUGGUGUGAGUGUUACUAGCUCGCCCAUGCCGCCUGCCUCUGCUGGUGGUGCCGAGAAGGGGGAGGGGAGGAUGAGCGUUAAUUGGGGGAGGUUUGGGAUUAAGAAGAAGGAGAGGGGAAGGGUGAGUGAGGAUAUGGAGAGGGCUAGUGAGGCGGAGGGGACGGAGGAUGAGGGGAGGGGGAGGUAG